AGCAAAAACAAUAUACAUAUACAUACCAUAUAUACAUGACUACUCCCCAUAACCCCUCCACCUCGGAUCUCCAGUCACCAUUAAUUCCACCACAAACCAAAAAUAAUGCAAUAAUAACCAACAAACAACCACAUAUUAUUAUCGAACGUCUUUGCAUAGAUGACAUGUUACAAAAAUAUUGUGGUGAGUUUGGUUAUUGGCAAUUAAAACACUUUGUGUUAACAUGUAUGGCUUGGGCACUUGAGGCUUUUCAUACUAUGGUCAUGAUUUUUGCUGACCGUCAACCUGACUGGACUUGUAAUAGUGGUUCGGGUUCAAAUGGAGAAUGUUUGUUAGCUAAGGAUGUUUGUGGGCUUGAACCGGGUACGUGGAGUUGGGACGGUGGUUCGGGGAUGUCAACUGUGGCAGAAUGGGGUUUGAUUUGUGGUCAUAAAUAUAAAGUUGGGCUUGUUCAAGCCUUGUUCUUUGCUGGAUGCAUGAUUGGUGCUGGAAUAUUUGGGCAUCUAUCAGACUCAAAACUAGGAAGAAAAGGUUCACUAACUGUUGUAUGCAUACUAAAUGCCAUUUUCGGACUACUUACAUCCCUUUCACCAAACUACUUAACAUAUGUCCUUCUCCGCUUCCUCACCGGUUUUAGUACCGGUGGCGUUGGCCUUUGUGCAUUCGUUCUUGCCACUGAGCCCGUUGGACCUUCUAGACGUGGUAUGGCUGGAAUGUCCACUUUUUAUUUCUUUUCGGGUGGGAUAGCUAUGUUAUCUGGGAUAGCUUAUGUUUUUAGGACGUGGCGCGCUUUGUACAUUGCAUCCUCCGUUCCUUCUAUACUUUUCGUGCUUGUCAUCUUACCGUUUAUUUCUGAGUCCCCUCGUUGGUACCUUAUUAGAGGACAGUCAGAAAAUGCUAUGAAAAUCAUGCGUGCAAUUGCUACUACUAAUGGGAGGUCUUUACCUGAGAAUGUGUACGUUGCUCGUGAUGAGGAAGUUAAAGAUAUUGAUGAGAAGAGUCAUGAAAUUCGGUCAAAAGAAAUUAUAUCUGGAUCAGUUGUUGAUGCACUCAAAUCACGUUUAACAAGGAUCCGAUUGGUUCUUGUUGUGGGUAUCAAUUUCACUAGCUCAAUUGUGUACUAUGGUUUAAGCUUGAACGUGGUCAACCUCGACACAAACCUGUACCUCAACGUUUUACUCAACUCAGUGGCAGAAAUGCCGGCUUUUUUCAUCACUGCCGUUUUGAUUGAUAGGUUUGGGAGGAAGCCGUUAGCGGUUGGGACACAAUGGUUUAGUGGGGUCUUUUGCAUUGCAGGGAGUUUUAUGGGAAGCCAAGGAGCAUGGAAGGUGAUUAGGAUGACAUGUGGUGUUCUUGGGAUUUUCGGGAUGGCAGGGACUUAUAAUUUGCUAUUUAUAUAUGCAAUGGAGUUGUUUCCAACGGUGGUGAGGAACGCCGCCCUUGGAUGUGCUACACAGGCAGCACAGUUUGGGGCGAUUCUGGCACCUUUUGUGGUGGUUAUGGGUGGUGGGCUGCCAUUUAUGGUUUUCGGGGUAUGUGGAGUUUUGGGUGGUCUUCUUACCUUUUACUUGCCGGAAACCUUGAACAAACCUUUAUAUGACACCAUGAACGGAAUGGCUUAUGGUGAGAACGAAGCAUAGUGUCAAGACUAUAAUCCUUUUUGUGUUCCAUUUUUCAUAUCAUGUUAGUUAAUUAAUGUGUAUCUUCUGAAUAUAACAUGUUCAUGUAUCAUUGUAUCCUAUAUUUAGAUUAAUACUUCUAUAUUAUUCAAUGAACCAUAGUGUUGA